UCUCGCGCAAAUGAGGGAAAGACCGUGACGGAGUAAGGAAAAUCAGUAGUGUUGUUUUCUGAUCCGUUCUAGAAGAAUAAUAGCGCGGUUGUUCGUGGUAUUCAGCUGCGUUGUUUGCAACGUGCUCUGUUGUGUGUUACAAUAACUUUUCAAAAUGUCUACAGACAGUGUAAAUAAAUCGAGAUUACAGAGUUUUAAAAAUAAGGGGAAAGAUCAAGAUGAAAUGAGAAGGCGGCGUAAUGAAGUUACGUUUGAAUUAAGGAAAAAUAAAAGAGAUGAAUCUUUACUUAAACGACGCAACGUACCACAAGCAGAAGCUACAGAUGAAGAUGAUGUUGACAGAUCUAUGAGCCAUACUAGUUUAGAACUUAUAGUUACAAAUGCAAAUAGCAGCGAGCCAGAAGUUCAGCUAUCUGCUGUUCAAGGUGCUAGAAAAUUACUCUCUAGUGACCGCAACCCUCCAAUUGAUGAUUUAAUAAAUUCCGGGAUUUUGCCCAUACUUGUUCAUUGCUUAAGUCGGCAUGAUAACCCCUCUCUCCAGUUUGAAGCAGCCUGGGCACUGACAAAUAUUGCAUCGGGAACUUCAGUGCAAACGACAGCAGUUGUAAAUACAGGUGCAGUCCCUUUAUUUCUGGAAUUACUUAAAUCACCUCAUCAAAAUGUAUGUGAACAGGCAGUUUGGGCUUUAGGUAACAUAAUUGGUGAUGGUCCGGAUUUUAGAGACUAUGUAAUAAGGUUAGGAGUUGUUCAACCGCUACUAUCAUUUAUCAAACCAGAAAUUCCUUUACCAUUUUUAAGAAACGUUACCUGGGUUAUUGUGAAUCUUUGUCGAAGUAAAGAUCCACCUCCUCCAGUUGAAACUAUAAAAGAAUUGCUCCCAGCUCUUUGUAUGUUGAUACAUCAUACUGACGUAAAUAUUCUAGUUGAUACUGUGUGGGCUUUAUCAUAUUUAACAGAUGGUGGGAAUGACCAAAUUCAGAUGGUGAUAGACUCCCUGGUUGUGCCUCAGCUAGUUCCUUUAUUAAGUCACAAGGAAGUUAAAGUUCAGACUGCUGCACUUCGUGCAGUUGGGAAUAUUGUCACUGGUACUGAUGAGCAGACACAAGUAGUUUUGAACUGUGAUGCAUUAUCUCACUUCCCUGCAUUGCUUAACCAUUCUAAAGAAAAAAUAAAUAAAGCAAACUAUAUAUAUUAUGUUAGAAGGUACAGGUUCAGGCAGAGACGCAUCAAGGAAGCUGUUUGGUUUCUAUCUAAUAUAACUGCUGGUAACCAGCAGCAAGUUCAGGCUGUUAUUGAUGCUGGUUUAAUUCCUAUGAUCAUUCAUCAUUUAAGUAAAGGAGAAUUUCAGACACAGAAAGAAGCAGCAUGGGCUAUUAGUAAUCUAACCAUCAGUGGUACUAAAGCACAAGUAGCUUAUUUAGUCUGUCAGAGAGUUAUUCCACCCCUUUGUAACCUUCUUACUGUCCGGGAUCCUCAAGUAGUACAGGUCGUUUUGGAUGGUAUUAACAAUAUUCUAAAAUUAGCAGGUUCUCAGUUUUAUUCUAUAGCAAGCCAAAUUGAAGAAUGUGGAGGUUUAGAUAAAAUUGAAGCAUUACAAAAUCAUGAAAAUGAAGAUAUAUAUAAAUUAGCAUAUGAGAUCAUAGAUCAGUACUUUUCUGAUGAUCAGGGGGACGAAGAUCCAACAUUAAUGCCUCAGUCAUCAGAACAAGGCUACCAGUUUGAUCCAAAUGCAGCUAUACCAACUGAUGGUUUUAAAUUUUAAUUACGAAUGUCUGUUAAUCAUAUUGCAAUGCAGCAAAGUUGUGCUGCAUUUCAUCGCUGUCAUCAGUGAUUCAAAUGAGAAACAUAUGUUUUGUGGUUUUAUAAUUGAGGACUAUAAAAUAUAUUAAUGGUGGCAAGUGCAUUAUAUAGUUACAACAAAAAUGCACAUGAAAUAUUUAUACAUCAUGCUACUGUUGCACUAUUUUCUGUAACUUGAAGCCUACUAUCAUGAUAGAACCACAUUGUAAAACUCCAUCUUCAUUGUAUCUUACAAACAUCCAUUAGUCAUAUUUUUUCUCAAAGUGUUGGUUUCUUACUAUAGGUAAAUUUUUCACAACAAAUGUUAAAAAUUGAUGUUUUCGGUAACUUUCUUAGUUGAUAACUUUUUCAUUUAAUUAUUUUUAAAAAUUUCGUGGUUUCAGUUUUUAUUUAAUGUCUUGUAAAAAAUCUGUGCCAAAAUGCUCUUGUGAAACUUUUGUCAUGUGUAGUGAUUCUUUUGAUCAGUAAAUCAGAAUCAAAUAUUUUUAAUAAAAUUCAUUUCAUUUGUUAUUCAAAUGGAAUUUAUGCAUUACUUAAACAUUUACAAUUUAUAUGCACAUAUUUUGCUGCAAUCAGGUAUCAUAAUGCCUUCUGAAAGUCUGUAAUAUAAAAAGAAUUCUGUUUUUUUUAACUGUGUAAAUCUUAAAGCAAUCUAUUAUUCCUGAUCAAGGUAAUCCUUCAACAAUCCAGUGUUCAGUAAAAAUGUAAUAAUGUAUUUCUGUAAUAAGUUUGUAUAAUUCAUGGAGAACAGUUUCUGCCGGAAUUUUAUUAUCUGUAAGUUGUUUUCUGCAAGAGUUCUUUAAAUGUGAGAAUAUAUAGUAUUUGUCAAUUUUAGUAUAUUUAAAUGAUAAACAGUAGAUUUUUACUUGAUAAAUUUUUGUGUAUUGCAUUCUUAAUGAAUUAUUUCUUAAUUGUUGGUAAGACUAUGUACAUUAAUAUUUUAUUUUUAUUUAUAGUUGCGUAUUAAGUUGUAAUAGAUUAAUUAAAACCAGACUGGAGUUAAUGUUAUGUAUUUUUACUUAACGAACUCAGGUAUUUGAUUAAAAUUGGAGAUAGCAUCAUUUUUGUAUGUCAAGUAUUUAUGAAGGAUCUCUUUUAUCUUUGUUUAAACACAAUAGUAAAAUCCAAGAAAUUGCCCAAAUUUGCAAUGUAUAUAAGUAAUUUUUACUGGAGCAUCAUACUGCACUUAAAUAGGCAGUGAAAGGACUUUUAGAGCUUGAGCAAGUAAUUUUAAUAUCCCUGUGGGAAAACCAGUGCAAACACAGUAAUUUUUCUAAAUAAUUGCUGAAUGUUUAUACCACUUUCUGUAAUCCAUAUUGUUAAAAUUCUUAGUUGAUCAAGUGUUAAAUUAACUGUCUAAUUUAAUGUAUGGAGGAGCAUAUUCUGAAUGUGCAAUAUUAGAAGAAAUGUUAAUUCCCUCUCCUUAUUUCAAAAGUACAGUGGUCCAUAUAGUGGUUAACGAAUAUUAUUGUUAGUAAUUUAACUCCACCAGUGGCCGAGUAGUUAAGGUCAUUCAUAUGGAAUGUUUAACCUUGGUUUGAUUCCAGGCAAGUGAGCUGGCUGCGUGGAGGCUCCCUCAUUAUUAGGCAGAUAGCCCUAAUGUGAUUUGCUAUAUUCAGAUAACUUAAUCUCAGCGGCUAUAACUCUAUACCUUAUAAAAACACAUUAAAGAUGUCAUGCUGAAGUCUUCACUGAAAUAAAGGUAGCUCAUCUUACUGCUGUUAUCUAGAAAGUGCAAACUUGCUCUUUAAUAUGUUUUAUAUUAGUUUAUUGUAAUGCAACAAAGUAAGUUAUGCUAUAGGGCUUGUACUGUGUAUGGUAAGCAGUAUAUCUUGAAAGAGAGUGGUUCUUUUUUGUGUGUGUGUGUGUGUGUGUUUGAUCAUUUAACUCAUAUGAUGUGUUGAUAUAUACUUUUAUUAGAUAGCCCAAAGAUUUAAAGUGACAAAAAAAUUAAUGCAUCUAUAAAGUGUUAAUAAAUCAAACUUAUUUUCAGGAGAGAAUUCAUGUGGUUGGUGGGUUUCAGAAGUGAAUUUUAACAUUUUUCUCUUUAAAUCGGUGAAUUUAUAAUUGAAUUAGAUUUUUACAUUCCAGUUAACAUACGAGCUUAUUAUUUAUGCAUGUUUAAACAAAGUAUGCUUUUACUUUAAAAUAAAUUUGUGAAAGUUUUUAUUCAGAUAUAUUUUUUGUUAAUCAUGUUUGGUUCUUUGAUUGUUUAAAUGCUUAAUAAAUUAUCUUAAACUGAAUUAAUCAUUACUUUUUAUUUAAACAAACUAUUUAAAUGGAAUCACGUGAGGCUAUUGACACUGUGAUUUUAUUUUAUUGUUAUUGCUUAUUUUAAAUGUAAUUUAUUAAUUUUCUUAAAUUGAAGUCAAUGUGUUAGUUAUUAUUAUAUAUUAAAAUGGAACUACACAUUAAUUAUGUAUUGUUAUUUUUAUUCAGACUUUCAUGAAUAGCAGUGUGGAAAUCAAAACAUGGAAUUUCUUUUUGCCUUAAGUGUUUCGAUUACUUAUGACUUCAUAUUAAGUAGGAAUAAUAUGUUUAGUUAUUUAAUUUGCAGUUCAUGAAAUGAAUCUUUAUCUGUGUAUAGGAUAGUACACAAUUGUGUGAGUGUAGUGAAAGAAUUUUGUAAAAUAUAUUCUGUUAGAAUUGUGAUUAAACAGAAGCGUUUUUAAAUUCUUAAAUGAAGGCUAUGGCAUAAAUUUAUGUUCACUCUGAUUACAGAGUUGGGAUUUUUGCUGAAGCUAUUAAAUGAAUUCAAAACACAUUAAAUUAAUAGAUUUAAUGUUAAUUUAAUGGUCAUUUGUUUAUUUAGUGCAUUCUCAGUUGAAUUAAUGUGUGUGAUGUAAAAUGUGUUCAAGAACAUAUGCUGAUAAUAUAUAAUUUAAAAGUAUUUAAUUUUAAAUUUAACUUUAUUCCAUGACUAGUAAGGAAAGACUUUCAUAUUCAUUAAAGGGACAAAAUACACUUGAUUAUAUACAUACAGAAAGAACAGGAUGAGGUAGAAUUAAAUUCUAAAUCCCAGUAAAUGUUCAGAAAAAGGUUAAUAUACCAUGAUGUAUUGUUCAACUAUGGCAGGUGCGAAUAUGAGCAUAGACAGAUGUGCAAUUCUGAUUGCUCUCAAGGUUUGAUGGAUUCUCACAUCCAGUAUGACCAGGCAAAAGCAAGCUCCUUCAACAAGUCUUAUCUGACCCUCAUGCAUGUCAUCAUUUGUAAUUAACUAUUCUUUAUUGUGUACAUUUAUUUGUGUAUUGCUGAAGAAGCAAUUGAUGUCAAAGCUUAAUUUUGCUAUAUAUAUCAUUUUAUAGUGCACAGUAAUAACUAUUUUUAUACUAUGAUAAAUAUUUCAUUAUUAUUAAAAUUAUUGCUGCAAGAAAAAUACUUUAGCUGGAAGAAUAUGCCAUGACAUAAAGUGGUUUUUAAGUGAUGAAAUAUGUGAUUUAAUAAUUCAAAAUUUUGUUUCACCAUUAUUGGUCUCUAUGCUGGGCUGAAUUCCUAAAAUCAGUAGUGCCAAAACCUUAUAGAAGGCAGUCAUAAUAAAAGUUAAAAAAAAAAAAAACUAUUGAAAUUCAAUGAAUAAAAAUUUAAUAAGUUAUUAAUCCUAGGGUUGCAGCUGGAAUUCCAAUUUCAUAAGAACUAAGAAUUAACUCAGCCAGCCUCUGUCUGAAUUUAAGCCCUGAAUAUACAGUACUGUACACUAUUUUUUCUAAAGAUGUCAAAAACAGAUACCAUUCUUUCUCUAGCACACCAAUUAAAAAAGGUAAAAUAGUUAAAGUGUCAUUAAGAAGAAUACAGAGAUUGCUAGAAAAAGUUAACAAAGUUAAUGGAAAGAAAUUUAGUCAUGUAGUCCUUUCAUCCAAAAUGGCAUUUCCUUUCCCUUUGUGACCUAGUGAGGAGUGUCUUUUCCUCAGUUUCCCCGCUGUGCUCCUGAUCUUGGCCCUAGAUGUCAGAUGCGUUAAUUAUAAUUUGAUUAUAAGUUUCUGUGUCUACUCCUUCAUUCUUUCACUUUUUAAUUCUUUAACGCCUACCUCUAUGUUUACAUUUAUAGCUUAUAUUGAUAUCUGUAAUUAUUAGUUAAAGUUUCCCACUUUUAUUUAUUGUGUAUGCACUAUUUUAAUCUUUCGAUAUUUGUGUAUUUACAUGUUAUAAGCAAUUUUAGGUUAUAAAUGAUAACAAAAAGUAUCUACCCCUUAUGGUUCAGUAAGUGAUAAUAUCUUCAUGAAUCAACUCCUAGAUGUUUAAAAAAAAGGCUUAAUUUUAUGCAGUAGCAGGACACUUGUCUAUUUUUCAUUCAAAUCUUUAAUGUCAAAUGCAAUUAGUGCAAAGUAACACUUCGGGAAUGAUUAUUUUACAUUGUUGUUGAGAGAGAGAGAAAUGAACUAUUUGAUUAGUGCACCUGUAACAUUUUUUGAAUAGUACAGUUUAGUCACUCACUGACCCUUUUUUUUUUUUUUUUUUUUUCCUUCUUUAAAUAUUGUAUGAAUACUGUGGUUUUGUUUAAAACUCUGAAUAACUAAUUACAAUUCUGAAAAUUUAUUUUCAUAAACCUGUAUUUUAAAGCAGUAAUAUCUUUAAAAAGUCCUUGCUUUGGAAAAUUUUGUAUAUUUUCAUGUAAAUUAGCUUGUUAACCAAAAGGCUCACUGUUUAGGAUUUUCCAUCUCUCUACAUGUAUGAUGAAAAGAAUAGUAAUGGAUGUAUCAUUUUUCGCACAUAUGAUGAGAAGAUGAGUCAGUUGUCAAUAAAGAACAUUUCAUGAA